GUGAAGUUUUGUUUCUUGUGAAAUCGUCAGUCUCUCUGUCUCACUGCAGCAGUAAUGGCAGAAGCGAAUAUUCUGGUAGCACAUAACCAGUUUAGCUGUUCAGUGUGUCUGGAGAUAUUGAAGGACCCAGUCGCUAUUCCAUGUGGACACAGUUACUGUAUGGGGUGUAUUAAGAACUGCUGGGAUCACACUGAUCAUACAGGUGUCUACAGGUGCCCCCAGUGCAGAGAGACCUUUACCCCAAGGCCUGUUCUGCACAAAAACACCAUGCUGGCUGAAGUUGUGGAGAAAUUAAAGAAGACAGGACUCAAUCCUCGUCCUGCUCAAAGUUAUGCUGGACCUGGAGAUGUGCCGUGUGAUUUCUGCACUGGGAGAAAGUUCAAAGCUGUGAAAUCUUGUUUGACGUGCCUGGCCUCUUACUGUGAAACACACGUCAAGCCACACAGUGAGGUUACUCCAUUAAAGAGGCACAAGCUGAUCAAUGCAAUUGGAAAUCUGGAGCAGAAGCUUUGUGCUGAACACCAAAAGGUUUUGGAGGGGUUCUGCAGAACUGAUCAGACGUGUAUUUGCUGGCUGUGUGCAGACAAGGAACACAAGAGCCAUGACACAGUCUCAGCUGAGGCAGAAAGGACUUGGAAACAGAAGCAGCUGGGAGACACACAGACAGAAAUACAACAGAGAAUCCAGGAGAGACUGAAAGAAAUUGAGGAUCUGAAACAGACUGUGAAGUCACUGAAAAGAUCUGCAUGCAUAGAAAUAAAGGAAAGUGAGAAGAUCUUUACUGAGCUGAUCCGAUCUAUUGAGAAGAUCCACACUGAGGUUAUUGAGCUGAUUGGAGCUAAUGAGAAGGCUGCAGUGAAUCAGGCUGAAGGGCGCAUGAAGAAACUGGAGCAGGAGAUACCUGAGCUAAGGAGGAGAAACGCUGAGCUGAAACAGCUUUCAGAGACAGAGGAUCACAUCCAUUUUCUACAGAAUUUCCAGCCUCUCUGUGCUCCUCCUGAAGCUGGAGACCUACCCAGCUUUACUGUCAAUACAGAGAUCUCUUUUGUGGCUGUGAGGAAAGCUGUAUCUGAACUUAAAGACCAUAUUGAGGACUUCUGCAAGGGGGAAUUAGUCAAAAUAACCAAAACAGUGAAUGAAGUUGCAGUUUACAGUCUGCAGGCUCCAGAGCCAAGGAACAGAGCUGAGUUUUUUAAAUUAAAUGAAGUUGCAGUUUACAGUCUGCAGGCUCCAGAGCUAAGGAACAGAGCUGAGUUUUUAAAAUAUUCCUGUCAGCUCACACUGGACCCCAACGCAACGUAUAGAGAGCUCUGUCUGUCUGAAGGGAACAGAAAGGUGACAUGGAGGAGAGAGACCCGGAGAUAUCCCGAUCACACAGAGAGAUUUGAGAGCUGGCCCCAAGUGCUUUGCAGAGAGGGUUUGUCUAGGACUCGCUGUUACUGGGAGAUUGAGUGCAGUGGGGGAGGGGCUUAUAUAGGAGUCACAUAUAAAGGAAUCAGCAGGAAAGGAUGGGAUCAUUCCUGUCUCCUUGGAUACAAUGACAAGUCAUGGAGUUUGGACUGCUCUGGUUCCAGUUACACUGCCUUGCACAAUAACAAUCACACUGCAAUAACUGCCCCCCGCUCCCCCAGAAUAGGAGUGUAUCUGGACUUUAAUGCCAACACUCUGUCCUUUUAUGGCGUCUCUGACACAAUGAUCCUCCUGCACAGAUUCCAAACCACAUUCACUGAGCCGCUCUAUCCUGGGUUUUGGCUUCGUUAUUAUGAUUCCCAUGUAACAAUCUGCCAGCUGAAUUAGACUGUUUUGUGUUGUAAGAAACCCUUUGUAUUAAACUCCCUGUCUGUCUUCUCCACUCCUCGGGUGAAGGGAAUGUUCAGUCUGACACAGCUUUGGAUGAAAGUUAGGGGGUAAAACUGUGCCACCUGCAGAACGAAACAAGGUGAAUUACUUGUUUUAGCAAAGAAUGGAUUUCAUACGAAAUAACUGUAUUUAAUUUAUUUUUUAAGAAUUGUUAUGUUUAAUAUAUAUUUUAAAAAUUGGCAUCCAAUAGUCAGUGCUGUAACAGUUUUUAAAAAAGUGAACUUAAGUUUGCUUUAUUGUAUGUGUGUUUUUGUUCUUUUAUUUCCAUAAAAUGUUUGUUCUGUU